GACAAUCCCUCAGAUCCCAGGCACUGACACACUAUGUCGCUGAUCAGAGGCCUGAGGCUACCUGGCUGCCUGGUCCUGGCUACCCUGGUUAGCCUGGUGCACAGCCAGCAUGUGUUCCUGGCCCCUCAGCAAGCACUGUCACUGCUCCAGCGGGUCCGUCGUGCCAACAGUGGCUUCCUGGAGGAGCUCCGCAAGGGCAACCUGGAACGGGAGUGUGUGGAGGAGCAGUGCAGCUAUGAGGAAGCUUUUGAGGCCCUGGAGUCAAUCAGCUACACGGAUGUGUUCUGGGCCAAGUACACAGCUUGUGAUUCAGUGCGGAAAACUCGAGAGAUUUUCAUGGAAUGUCUAGAAGGUCACUGUGCCAAGGAUCUGGGUGUGAAUUACCGUGGGACUGUGAAUGUCACCCGUUCGGGUAUUGAGUGCCAGUUAUGGAGGAGCCGCUACCCACACAAGCCUGACAUCAACUCCACCACCCACCCCGGGGCUGACCUGCAGGAGAAUUUCUGCCGCAACCCAGACAGCAGCACCAAAGGACCCUGGUGCUACACCACAGACCCUACCGUGCGAAGAGAGGAAUGUAGCAUCCCUGUCUGUGGCCAAGAGGGCCGUACCACUGUGGAGAUGACGCCCCGCUCAGGAGGUCCCAAGGGGAAUCUGUCACCGCCAUCAGAGCAGUGCAUCCCUGAGCGUGGCAGGCUGUACCAGGGGAGAUUGGCGGUGACAAUACAAGGCUCCCCAUGCCUGCCCUGGGUCAGCGCACCGGCCAAGGCCCUGAGCAAGGACCAAGACUUUAACCCGGAGGUGAAACUCGAGGAAAAUUUCUGCCGCAACCCAGACGGGGAUGAGGAGGGCGUGUGGUGCUAUGUAGCAGGACGGCCUGGAGACUUUGAGUACUGCGACCUCAACUACUGCGAAGAAGCGGUGGGAGAAGAGCUGGGCCAGGAUGGGGAAGAGACCAUCGGAGGGCGUACCACUGUCGAGGAGUUCCAGGCCUUCUUCGACGAGAAGACCUUUGGCUCCGGGGAGGCAGACUGUGGCCUGCGGCCAUUGUUCGAGAAGAAGUUAUUGACGGACAAAACGGAAAAGGAACUUCUAGACUCUUACAUCGACGGGCGCAUCGUGGAGGGCUGGGACGCGGAGAUCGGCAUCGCCCCCUGGCAGGUGAUGCUCUUCCGGAAGAGUCCUCAAGAGCUGCUAUGUGGGGCCAGCCUCAUCAGUGACCGCUGGGUCCUCACAGCUGCCCACUGCCUUCUGUACCCACCCUGGGACAAAAACUUCACUGAGAAUGACCUUUUGGUGCGCAUUGGCAAGCACUCCCGCACCAGGUAUGAGAAGAACAUUGAAAAGAUCUCCAUGCUGGACAAGAUCUUCAUCCACCCCAGAUACAACUGGCGGGAGAACCUGGACCGGGAUAUCGCCCUGCUGAAGCUUAAGAAACCGGUCAUCUUCAGUGACUACAUUCACCCAGUGUGUCUGCCGGACAAGCAGACAGCAGCCAGUUUGCUUCAGGCUGGGUAUAAAGGACGGGUGACAGGAUGGGGCAACCUGCGGGAGACAUGGACAACCAGUGUCACCGAGGUGCAGCCCAGCGUCCUGCAGGUGGUGAAUCUGCCCAUUGUGGAGCGGCUGGUGUGCAAGGCCUCCACCCGGAUCCGCAUCACUGACAACAUGUUCUGUGCUGGGUUCAAACCAAAUGAAAGCAAGCGAGGGGAUGCUUGUGAAGGUGACAGUGGGGGACCCUUUGUCAUGAAGAGCCCCUAUAACAACCGCUGGUAUCAAAUGGGCAUUGUCUCAUGGGGUGAAGGCUGUGACCGGAAUGGGAAAUAUGGUUUCUACACACACGUGUUCCGUCUGAAGAAGUGGAUACAGAAGGUCAUUGAGCAAUUUGGAUAGGGGCCACUGUGGGCUCCUCAUUGCAAAAUCACAGAAACCAGCCAAAAUAUUUUUGUGGUUUGUUUCUAAAAUGGUAGUUCCCAAUAAAAGUGACUUUCAAUGAACCUCA